CCCAUCUCCUUAGCGCUCCGGAAAACUGACGGAAAGUCCCAUUUUGAUGGCACAGUGGCGCCAUCUUGCUUAUUUACAAUGCAUGUUGUGACUGCCGUGCUUUCUGAUGAGGCGAUAGUGAGAUCUCGCGACACUAACUUGGUCCUUAAAUGGCGUUUCGAGCACAAAACCACCAUGACGCCUUUGAACAAAGGCCGCGUCACCUACUUCGACUUUUCCACGCAGUACGAGUUUCAGAUGACUAAGGAAAUGGAAGAAUACUUGAAAAAUGAAGACAUGCUGAUACUGAUUUGCGAGAUGGACAGCACUAAGGACCCGUUUGCCACAUGCGCGUUGCCGCUGCGACAAGUGCUACAGAACGUCAACAGGAGAGUUGACAUGUCUUUACCGUUGAGAGCCGGUCCACAUCUGAAGGAGAAGCCAACCGGUUUACAAACUAACGAAGACAUCGGCGUGCUGGACGUGUGGUGCAUGCUGCUGUGCAAAUAGAGACCACUAAGAGCUGCCAGUAA